AUGAUAUUGAAAGCAGACCCAGGCUUUUCAAUUGGUGAAAGUUACUAUACAUUGGCUAAAAGUUCAGUUUUCUGUCAUCAGUGGCAACUGAAGCUGGACAGUGAAAAUGCAAGGAUUGCAGAUUACUUCGAUUUCAUUGCUGUUACUAGCAUAGGAGGCCUUGUUACAGCCAUGCUUACCUCUCCAAAUGAAAACAAUCGACCUUUAUUUGCUGCAAAAGAUAUCGACAGGUAUAGCUUGAACUAUAACAAAAUGGAAGGAAAGAUCGCUACAAUUCUCAGCGUCGAUGGUGGUGGAGUGAGAGGCAUUAUCCCUGCAACAAUUCUGGCCUUCCUUGAAUCCUAUCUCCAGAAGCUGGAUGGUGACAAUGCAAGGAUAGCAGAUUACUUUGAUUUCAUUGCCUGGACUAGCACAGGAGGCCUCGUUACGUCCAUGCUCACCUCCCCAGAUCCAGAUGAUGGUUCAUCUGAAUCUAAUCGACCUUUCAGUACAGAAAAGAUCAUCAAAUUUGAUCAAGAACAGUCUCCCAAAAUAUUCCUCAAAAAAAUGAAAGAGUUGGUUGAUUCAGUGGUACUGAACGAGGAAUGUGUAGUGAAACGUUCAACUCUUCCAAUGCCCGACUGGUGCCCCAGAUAUGAUGGCGACAAGUUGGAGAAAGCGAUCAAAGAAAAGGUUGGAGAUAGAAAGCUUUGUCAGACUCUAACCAAUGUGAUAAUCCCUUCUUUCAACAUCAAGCUUCUCCAACCAACAGUUUUUUCCACUAUGAAGGCGACGCGUGAUGAUUUAGAGGAUGCUAAACUGCUAGAUGUUUGCAUGAGCACUUCCGCAGCACCAUAUUUCCUGCCUCUUCGUAAGUUUGAAAUCAACGCAUUAGACCGCACCAGAAAAUUCUACAUGGUCGAUGGUGGUGUUGCCGCCAACAAUCCUGUAUGGUAUUUUCCGAAACACUGGUUUUAAUUACAUUUUUUUCCCAUCUAACAUCUUGAUUCUCAUUUUGCUGAUUUUGACAAAUUUUUAUCAGACUUUGCUGGCAAUAUCAGAGGCUGCCAAGGAGAUGUCUGCACAUGGAAAAACUCAAUGCAUGAGAGACAUUGAUUGCAGUAAACUUCUUGUUCUUUCCCUUGGAACCGGAUCAUCAAAUUGGAAUAACAAGAUUGAUCAGGUCUAUGAAAACUGGGGACCCCUCGAUUGGGUGGUUGGGAAGAAUUGUAUCCCCAUCAUUGAUGUUCUUCUUACUGCAG